AUGCUGGCGUGUGCCAGGGUCUUCAGCAAGGAGUCAGUGAAGCAAGGAUUUGUCAGUUUCCUCACCUACGGAAAUGCAAUUUUCAUAUUGAUUUUUCUGCGCACCGUGGUGCCGCGACUACUAGUGAUUUCAUCGCUGGAUGACUUCUUUGGCUUCGCAAAUGAGAUCGGCGUGCCCAACAGGCAAACUCUAAACGAUGUGAUUCGAAACAUCUCAAACUACGACAGCAUUUUCAAGGUGCUGAUUUACACGCUGGCCUUUAUCGUUGAAAAGUUGACCCUGAUCUCAGAGAUUCUGCCAGUUCAGGUAGCCCUGAAGACGAUGUCUCCAGUGGUUUUUGGCGGACUGAUUCCUGGCGCGCUGAUUUCAGCUACCUGCGAGACGGUUGGCGCCACUGUGAAUUUCUUCAUUGGCCGAACAUUUUUCUUUCAGCGCCUGAGAGAAUUUCAGCUACCCGGAGAGCCCAAGCUGGGGGAAGCCCCAUGGUUUACCAGGCUGGAGCGCGCUGCGGAGAAAGACGGCUUGAAGAUUACGCUUUUGUUGCGCCUGUCGCACAUCCUGCCCGUGCCAUUCGAUUCCUACUGGUACAUCCUGGGGGCGCUCCCCGUAGGUGUGCCGGAGUUCAUCGUGGCGCACUGGGUCGGGUGCUUGAAGACCGCCUUCCUAGAUGCGUCCUUGGGACUCUUGCUUCUAACGUCAGUAGUGAACUUAGAGGGGGCAGAGAAACAGAACAUCAUCGCUGCCGAGUCUGUGGGCUUCGCCUUGGUUGCCCUGCUGGUGCAAACCUUUGCAACGGGCCUGGUGAAGGACAUUCUUGGAUUGGAGGAUGAGAAAGAUGCGAAAAAGACGCCGCCGGUCGCCGCAAAGGAGUCCAUCCCAGACAGCGGCGCUGCAAAGGCCGAUGAGCCUUCAGCUUCUAUCCGUGAAGCCGGCAAGGGAACUUUCUGA